GGAAGAAUUUAUGACAACAAGGCCUUCCCCAUCCAUCUGGAACCUUCCAAAACUUACAAGUGGUGCACUUGUGGUAUCAGCAAAAGCCAACCCAUGUGCGAUGGCUCGCACACAAGACUGGAUGGAACAGAACCUAUUAAAAAACGUCCUCUAUAUAGGCCGCUGGUGUUUACGGUAAAUAAAGCUGAAACUUAUCAUCUGUGUAAUUGCAAGCAAACGAAUAACAAACCUUUUUGUGAUGGCACGCACAGAAAUACUGAAGUACAAACUGCAGUCAGCAGUUAA